ACCAGCCCAAGUUGCCCUCAAAGGCACGCUUCUUUCAUCUCCCAGUAAACUACUAUUUAUGGGGUUCUAUUCUUCACGCCUAUUUGUUUCAUAACACCACCGUUCCCUCUCUCAGCUGCAAGCCUAUCUUUGUUCUUUCAUCAUCAAAUCUGCAAUUUUAGUCUGAUAACAGAACCUAAUAGACGUUUUAUAUAGGAUAUUUGGUUUUUUGCUCUAUUUUCCUUUGGAAGAGUUUACCUUCUAGGUCCCUUUUAGGUUUGAAUAAAUUAUAGUAAGAGUUGUUAGAACAAGAGAGGUUUGAUCAGGAUUUGAAAGGUAUGGAAAACAAUUCCAUGCCCAGUAGGGAUGAUGAGCAGAUGGAAUUGCCUCCGGGAUUUCGAUUCCAUCCAACUGAUGAAGAGCUUAUAACCCACUACCUGUCCCAAAAGGUUCUUAAUAAUUGUUUCUGUGCUAGAGCUAUAGGUGAGGUAGAUUUGAACAAGUGUGAGCCUUGGGAUUUGCCUCGGAGGGCCAAAAUGGGUGAAAAGGAAUGGUAUUUUUUCUGUGUUAGAGACAGAAAGUACCCAACUGGUUUAAGAACAAACAGAGCUACUGCCUCUGGCUACUGGAAAGCCACAGGCAAAGACAAGGAAAUCUACAGGGCUAAAACCCUUGUUGGAAUGAAGAAGACUUUGGUUUUCUACAAAGGGAGAGCCCCUAAAGGAACGAAAACCAACUGGGUCAUGCACGAGUAUAGAUUAGAGGGAAAAUACUCGGUGUAUAAUCUCCCUAAAACAGCAAAGAAUGAAUGGGUUAUUUGCAGAGUUUUCCAAAAGAGCUCUGGGGGAAAGAAAACUCAUAUUGCAGGGUUGGUGAGGAUGAGUUCAUAUGGAAAUGAAUUAAGGCCAUCAUCUUUAUUGCCUCCAUUGAUGGAUUCUUCUCCACAUAACAGUGAGACAUGGACUUCCGAGGACAAUACUUCUCACGUGACCUGCUUCUCCAAGCCAAUGGAGGACCAAAAAGCCAAAGAAGACAUGUUUGAUAGCUUCGACAAUACUUCUUUUCUCUUGGCUUCUACGUCUUCUUCCUCCCCUUCCUCAGUUCUGUUUUCAAAAGCCUCUCUUCCAAACUCUUACUAUUCCUCUCAAAUUUCACCAAGUUUCGCAAACUUGCAGUACCCAAAUUCUGCUCUGAUGCCAGAACAGUCCAUCUUGAAGAUGAUGCUUGAAAACCAAGGACCAAACAUGAAGCAGGACUCCAAAAUGGAGCUUUCAUUUAGCCCGGAUAUAUCUUCUGUGGUAAUCAACCCUGAACUGGUUCACAGGUCCUUUGAGGAUCAAAAGGCUCCAUCAAGUUCUGCUGGACCAGUAGGCCUUGAUUGUCUGUGGAGUUAUUGAACUUAAAUUAGAAAAAAAUAUAAAAUAUAUUGAGCUGUCAUUGCUGUUAUAUAAGUGUGGUCUCUGUAAAUAUUCCCUGCAUCCAAACGAUAGGAAUUCAAGGCUUUGCAUGUAGCAUAAGCUAUGAAGUUACCCUUUUUUUUUUUUCUUAGAUUUCCUACUAUCCAUUAAAUGCACCCUAGUCUGUCCAUGCCCCAUGUCAUUUGCCAACCUACUUGUAAAAAAAAAAAGAAAAAAUUGUGCGCUAGGGAAAUUAAUAUAUUUAAUUGUAAUUGGUGUUGCAAUUCUUGUUUA